GGAUCCCUCCCUGACAGACGGAGAAUGAUGCAAUUGCAAACAAAAGUUGCUCCAAUAGCAAACUGUCCAUCCGCCACUUCAUUCUUUCAUUGGGCGGAAUGAAAGGCAAGGACACGCCCCUUUGCAGCGGAUUGGCUGAGCGCCGCCUUCUGAGCGGCUUUGCCAGGCGCAGCUGAGCUCGCCGUUCCCCUCCCAGCAGCAGCAGCCACGUGGGCGUCAUCCAUCCUCAGGUUGGUGCUUCGGUCGAGACGAGGGGCCAUUGGGGGUGCACGGGUGGUCAAACGGGGAUUAAACCGUGGAAUAAAAGUCACUUAUCAGCUGCUGACACCAUGAGUGUGGGUUUCAUUGGCGCUGGGCAGCUGGCCUUCUCCCUGGCCCGAGGUUUCACCGCAGCAGGGAUCUUGGCUGCUCAUAAGAUUACGGCAAGUGCACCAGAUACAGAUCUGCCAACAGUAUCUGGGCUGAGGAAAAUAGGUGUGAAUUUUACCCUAAGCAACAAAGAGACAGUUAAAAACAGUGACGUCCUGUUCCUGGCAGUGAAACCUCCCAUCAUUCCAUUCAUCCUGGAUGAGAUUGGCUCCGACAUAGAGGACCGGCACAUUGUGGUUUCAUGUGCUGCUGGCGUCACUAUCAGUUCUAUUGAGAAGAAACUCUCUGCCUUCUGCCCCACCCCGAAAGUGAUCAGGUGCAUGACCAAUACACCAGUGAUUGUCCGUGAAGGGGCCACGGUCUAUGCCACAGGGACACAUGCUGAGGUGGAAGAUGGAAAGCUUUUGGAACAACUGAUGGCUAGUGUGGGCUUCUGCACUGAGGUGGAGGAAGACCUGAUAGAUGCUGUUACUGGACUCAGUGGAAGUGGGCCUGCUUAUGCUUUCACAGCCCUGGAUGCCCUGGCAGAUGGAGGGGUGAAGAUGGGCCUUCCUCGCAGACUGGCUGUACGGCUGGGAGCUCAGGCAUUGCUGGGAGCUGCCAAGAUGCUGUUGGAAUCAGAGCAGCACCCAGGACAACUGAAGGACAACGUCUGUUCCCCGGGGGGUGCUACUAUCUAUGCCGUGCACUUCCUGGAGAGCGGGGGUUUCCGCUCACUCCUCAUCAAUGCCGUGGAGGCGUCCUGCAUCAGGACAAGGGAGCUGCAGUGCUUGGCUGAUCAGGAGAAGGUUUCUCCUGCUGCUAUUAAGAAGACCUUAAUGGAUAAAGUAAAGCUAGAGUCUUCCUCUGCCAACAAGGUCAACCUAUUCAACAAGAACCCGGGCAGUAAGAAGUAUUAAGGAGACCCAGUUGUGGCCUGGUCACACUUUUCUUUCUUUUUCAAGGGAAUCUGUAGCUCAUGCCAUUUGGGGAUGGAGGUGGAGCAGAAUCAUCAGCCCUUUCUCCUGAGUGGCAGAAACUCUCAACCUCACUGCUGACUCUUCUGUAGCUGUUGCAGGGUUACAUUUUAUCCUGACUUUCUUCCAUGGAGGUCCUAUGUUACGUAUCCUCACAACAGCUUUGUUAGGCAGUUUAACCCUGCAAUACAAUGGCUGGUUCAGUGAACUUUCUGAUUAGUCUACUACACACUGCUGUCAGGCUGUGCCUAUUCCCUGUGAUUUUUUAAUGAGAUCAGAGGCUGGAGUCCCAAACCUUAUUUUCAUCACAGAGUGGCUACAUCCAGUUUGUAGGACAUUCUGGAUUGGGGGUGGGCAGAGCUUGGAAUGGUUUUUAUUAACACAAAGAUAUAUUGAAUUGGAAACAGAUUUGUCAGUUUUAAUAGUGGGGUUGCACAGGUUGAGUAUCACUUAUCAGAAAUGUGUGGAUCAGAACCAUUUUGGAUUUUAGAAUACUUGUAUCUGGGUACAUACAUAUGUAACGCGAUACCUUUUAGAUGGGACCCAAAUCUAAACAUUUAUCUUAUGCACAUAGCCUGAAGGUAAAUUUUAUACGCUAUGUUUUUAAUAAUUUAGCGCACAUUGAAAGUAAAAAUGCCACUACCUCAGUCAACCCAUUUUUAGAGUAUUUCGGAAUUCUAGAUAAGGGAUUCUCUAUUUGUAAUUACUUACAUCUUCGCCAUCAGAAAAAAUUAUCAAAUUAUUUUUAAAUUUGAAAAACUUCAAAAUUUCAAAAGCCUGCCAAUGCCUAAAAAUCAUUUACAAGGUAACUCAAGACGUUAACAUUGUUAUUCAACAACUUAAUUACUUUUCAAAAACCCUCAAUGAAUUGAUUCCAAGCUCUGCAUAGGAUUCUUAUUACAUAGCAUAUUGCUCCUGUUCCCCAUAUAUUGCUAUUUCUGCUUUGCCCAGCUGUAUCAGAAAUCACAGAUAUCCUGGACUGAACAGCUCCUUCCAUGCUGCCAUGUAUUUUUCUCCUUUCUUUCAUCUGUAGUUCCUGGACAUCUAAAAUAGGUACUCAAACACAUUUAUCUUAUGCUCCCAAAAGGGGAGUAGGGGUUAUUCAUAUUAGCAAAAGCACAGCUCAGGAGUGUAGGAAGCUUUCCCAUCUGCCUCCACUAGGUCAAAUUUUUUGCCCAUCUAGCUUAGUAUUGUCUGUUUUGAUUGGCAGUCACACUCUCAGCUUGGCAUCCUCUGCCUCCUGCUUACCAGAUCUUUCACUACAACUUGUCCGUGGCAUCAUCACUUAUUGUCACAUCUUAACAGUGUAGAUUUAGAGAUAGCUUUGAAACAUACCCAAAAUGAGUUCAGAUCACAUGGUUAAUAUGGGAGUUUUUUUAUGAUCAGUUCUGAUUUGUAUUUUAUAGUAGAGCAAUUUAAUAGGUCACCUUCUGUUGGCAAGAGAGAACUAUCAGCAAUAACCUGUCAUGAUGUGUAUUAGUGUCUUUAAGUCACUUGUCGAUUUGGUGAUCCGACAAAUUUAAUAGGAUUUUCUUAGGUGGUUUGCUUGUUCCUUCCUCUGAACUUUAGCUUACGGCACCCCACAUACAUUAGCAGUCUCCCCUCCAAGUACUAACCAGAACUAGGUCUUCUUAGCUUCCAAGAUCAGAUAGGAUCUGGUGCCUUUAGGGUAUUUAGACCCUACAACUGUUAUGACACAAACAUGAAAUAAAUAAAUAGAUGCAAUCAUGACAGACUCUACUAUGGAAUUUAAUUUGCAACAUCCCUCUACUAUCAUUUUUACAAGAAGGCCUGCGACUUUAAGCUUGCUGAAGGAUUCACAGUGACUAAAGACGUCAAGAGGUCUGGGUUCGAGGUAGACAGAAAAUCUGAGGUGCUUAAUAGGGCAAGACACUGGAAAGAUAGUUCCUUGCCUCCAAAGGACUUGCUUCUCUGAGGCAUUGUCUAAACCUAUCCAGUCUCUCAGUGCUCCUUAAGGAGAGCUAGCCUAUCCAGAAGCUGUCAUCCAAAAGAGUAACUUUUCUAAACUCUGCUUUUUGAUGGGAUCAAAAGCAUUUUUUCGUUUGCUGAAGGAAGCAGAACUGAGGAGUGCAGAGAUUGCUGUUGAUGCCCCAGAUAUAUUGGCAGCAUCCCAGUAGGGUUACCAGAUGGAGAGAGGGAUAGAAUAUCAGCCUUGUUAAGGGUUGUAUAGAUGGGGAAAAUUGAGCAGUUAUGUCCCUUCUUUCAAUUGGUAAACCUACAUCUCAUAUAGGAUUGUUUGCCAUUGAACAAGUCCUGUUACACAUUGAUUGUUAACAUUUUCUUGCCUAGAUGACUUGCAACCCCACCCCCUGCCUUUUGCAUAUAAUGUGGCAUUUUCUUAUUUAUCCUUUUUAGAUGGCCCUCUAGACGUUUUUGGGCUGUAGCCUCUAUAACCCCUUACCAGUGGCCACGGCUGAUGGGAGUUGUAGACCAAAAACAUUUUGGCCCACUUCAGUAUAUGAGUGAGGUUUGUGUUCAUGUCCGCUCCCUGUGCUUUCUUAGAUGAAAGGAGAAUUUCAGAGGCAUCUACUUCUGCCUUUAGACAAGCCACAGUUUCCCACUGCAUUCAGCUGUGGUUUUCCAUUAUAACUGAGCUGGAGCACUCUUUCCACUUUGCCUUCACCUUCUUCUUAUUGUUCCACAUACCUUUGCAAAAGCUUGUGGGGGUUGUACACAGAUAAAAAGUAAACACAUAACUGCAUACUCAUCUGGGAAGCUUUACACUGAGAACAUUUGUUAUUCAGUAGCCAUGUUUGUCACUAUUUACCUCAUAUUUGCUUUGCCCGCUACUCAACCAGGACAUUGCUUCUCCCAUAUUGCUAUAUACCAGUGACUGGAACAAGGAAGCAGGCUGAAGGUGGGGAAGAAAUAAAACAUGCCAUGGCACAAUUCACAGAUUGUCCAGGACAAUUCAAACCAUUCUGGGUAUCCUCCACAUAACUCAGGUUACCUCAGGCCUAUGUGAUAUGAAAGGCGUAUUUAUUGCUUGAAAAUACAGUUUAAAACACUUAACAAUUGGUUUCUUUUUUAGACUGCAUGGAUUUCCCAAUUCUUUCUUCAGAUAUGUUCAUAUCGGUGCCCUAUGUUUAUUGUUAAAGACAUACUCCCUCCCCCCUCCAAAUCUUUUCUGGACAAUAAACUCUACUUUUUAACUCGA